UAACAGCUCUGAGACGCUCUCCUGGGAUCAGUGCAGCGGUGGGAAGUCCCAUCACAGGGUUAAAGGUACAGUAGCGUGCGUCAGCUGAUGCGUAGCGCCGCGUAAUGAGCGCGGAGGGGGAGGUGGAGGAGGCGGAGGCCGGUCCCCUCCUCUCUGCUUGUGCCGGAGCUGUGCUGGCUGCAGCUCUCAGCAGCUUCCUGCCGCCGCUGCUCCUCCUGACAAACGGCUCAUUCUCAUCACUGAUCAUGUGCCUCUCUCUCUGGCUGUCUCCGGCUCUGCAGCAGGAAGUUCGCCUUGUUUUCUUCCUCUUGCUUUUCCUUUCUCCCUCCUCUUGACAGCCACAAUCGCAGCAUUUACUUCCUCACUCUUUUUCUGGCUUUUUUUUCUUCGCUGCGGUGCUCAGCUCUCCUCCGCGGGGCGAGAGAGCUGUGAAGCCGGGUUUGUGAAGCCAGAGUCCGGCGGCGAACACCGGCAGAGGCCCCCCUCCGCUCCGCUCCGCUCCCUCCUCCUCCGGCCAGGGACAGCAGGUUCAUGGAGGCCCCGGUGGAGGAGAAGGAGCCGUCGCCGAUGGACAAGUCUCUGCCUCCACCUACCUUGAGCCCGGCCGUGCCCCCCUACGUCACUUUGGGCCUGACGGUGGUGUACACCGUCUUCUACUCCCUCCUCUUCAUCUUCAUCUACGUGCAGCUCUGGCUGGUCCUGCGGUACCGACACAAGCGCUUCAGCUACCAGACCGUGUUCCUGUCCCUGUGCCUGCUGUGGUCGGCCCUGCGCACCGUGCUCUUCUCCUUCUACUUCAAGAACUUUGUCACAGCCAACACUCUGGGGCCCUUUCCCUUCUGGCUGCUCUACUGCUUCCCUGUCUGCCUCCAGUUCUUCACUCUCAGUCUCAUGAACCUUUACUUUGCACAGGUGGUUUUCAAGGCAAAGUCGAAAUAUGCACCAGAGCUUUUGAGAUACAGACUGCCGCUGUACCUGUUCUUCCUGUUCAUCAGCCUGGUGUUUUUAGUAGUAAAUUUAGUGUGUGCACUGCUGGUGAGGAUGUCCUCUGCAGAAGCCCACACCAUCGUGCUAGUGCGGGUCGCCAUCAAUGACUCACUCUUUGUCCUGUGUGCCAUCUCGCUCUCCUUGUGUCUUUACAAGGUCGCUAAGAUGUCACUAGCCAACAUUUACCUGGAAUCCAAGGGGACGUCAGUGUGCCAGGUGACUGUCAUAGGAGCCAUCGUCAUCCUCCUGUACUCUUCCAGGGCCUGCUACAAUCUGGUCGUCCUGGGACUCUCAAACAAGAGCAUUAACUCCUUUGACUACGACUGGUACAACGUGUCAGACCAGGCAGAUUUACAGUCAACUCUGGGCGACGCAGGCUACAUCGUCUUCGGAGUGAUCUUGUUCAUAUGGGAGCUGCUCCCCACCUCUCUCCUUGUCUUCUUCUUCAGAGUGCGGCAGCCCGACCUAGACAGGAGCAGUUCUGGGCUUCCUGGUCACGUCUUCUCCUCCAGGGCUUAUUUCUUUGACAACCCAAGGCGUUAUGACAGCGACGAUGACCUGGCGUGGAGCGUCAUACCUCAGAACAUCCAAGCCAGUCUGGCUGCCGACAGUUACGAGUGGGGGAGUCAGAGCAGCAGCGGUGGUGGCGGCAUUGGUGCCUACAUCGGAGGGGACGACAGUUACAACCUCCCACCUCCUCCAGAGGAGCUCAGCCAUUACUGACCGGAGUUCAGCGACUCCUUCUGACCUGUGGCUUUGUGUUUAUUUUUUUAAUCUGUAUAUUUUUGCACAGUCUCUCUUAGUGACAGAGGCACAUCCUACACUCGAUACAUUCAUUCUUCUAUUUUGUCUAGAGAAGAAGAACUAACAGACUUUUUUGCCAGUAUACCAAGGUCCACUGACAGGGACAUUAAUUUUGCACACUCCUUGUACAAAGUGAUCUAAUUUUGACUGCUUUUAAACAUUUCCACUGUAUAGUUUAUAUUGAAUACUGCUUAAUAUAUUUCCUGACUUUUGUAAUAUGUACUGUAUUUACUAUUUUAUGUACUGUGUUCUUUUUCAUACAGAUUUGUUUAUAUAGAGGAGACAUUUAAUUCAUAUUAAAACAGAUUAAAUGCUGUGAA